CACUAGGCCAAGACAUUGUUUGGUAAUUACAAAGUAGAUAACAAUGUAAUUCCCCUAUACCAUUAAGUCAUUAACCAUGCUAUUAACACUACACUAUGAGGGAAUGAGGGAUUCAAAUUUUCACAGAAGCAACUAAGCAGGCAAUAUUAGUGGGGGACGUCCGCCUGCUGGUUGAUUCUAACAGAAUCACCUUCACAGAGAGUCAAAUACUGACAAAAGAAUCACAAAUAUUGACAUUUUCUGAAUCUCUUUCCAGAAAUACCCCUUUCAAACAACAAAUUAACCCAUCUCCCAUUAUCCAAACACCACAUUUCACUCUCCCAGUGGCAUCUUUGUAGUUAUUAUCUAUCUCUAGGGUAAAAGUGUAAAACUGAUCAUUACACAUCAUCAAGCGCCAAAUUCAUCCCACUAUAUUGACACACUCUCCUCCCUGUAAUCAGCUCAAACAUUCCGAACCUCCAUUUUCUCUCUCACCACUCAUCAAUGGCUUUCCCUCAAGCAGAAAACACCGACCUCGUUCCAGAAACAAUCAGUGAAAUUCCACCUCCGUCGGAGAAACCGCAUUUACCGUCUCCUAAACGUCACGUCGGUUUCACCAUAGACGAGGACCUUGACGAAAGCGACAGCAACCGAAGCCCCGCCAUAAUCUCCGACGAAACCACCGCCUCGACGGAGAAUGCAGACGUCAGAGUUCCGGAGAAGAGUACGAGUACUUUUGAGAGCGUCUUUUCGGAAAUGACAUUGCGUCCAGUUUCCAUUCGGCCUUCACCUUCGGCUGCGAACCUCUUGAGCAGCUACGAGAUGAACGGAAGCACUGGAAAUUCGAAUUCCGAUAUCAAAGGAGACACGCCGAAAUCAGGAGGUGCGGUGAAAUCCAACGGUAAUGGAAAUCAUCAGCAGCCUGUAGCAGAGCAUCCAAUGGUGGCGGAUGCUUGGGAUUUGUUGAAAAAAUCAAUUGUGUACUUCAAUAACGAUGCAGUUGGAACUGUCGCUGCUUCCGAUACCAGUUCUGAGGCUCUAAACUAUAAUCAGGUCUUCGUGAGGGACUUCAUUCCGAGUGCACUAGCUUGUCUAAUGAAAGAACCCCCAGAGGCCGGUAUUGUGAAAAAUUUCUUGCUGAAAACUCUCCUCCUUCAAAGUUGCGAAAAGAGGAUAGAUAACUUUACUCUUGGGAAAGGUGUGAUGCCAGCGAGCUUUAAGGUUCAGACAACUGACCAUGUGAAGGAUAUUCUGGUAGCUGAUUAUGGUUGCACCGCAAUUGGAAGAGUUGCACCUAUGGAUUCUGGUUUCUGGUGGAUUAUUUUGCUGAAAUCUUAUGUCAAACAUACAGGAGACCACUCACUGGCAGAUAGGCCCGACGUGCAGAAAGGCAUGAAAUUGAUUCUUGACCUGUGCCUAUCUGAUGGUUUUGACACUUUCCCAUCACUACUCUGUGCAGAUGCAUGCUGUAUGAUUGAUAGAAGGAUGGGAAUAUAUGGGUAUCCAAUUGAGAUUCAGGCUCUUUACUUCUUUGCACUGAGGUGUGCUAAACACAUGUUGAAAGAUGUGUGUGAAAACAAAGAAUUGCUGGACAAGAUCAAUGCAAAAAUCAAAGCACUUAGUUACCAUAUUCGGACCUACUACUGGCUUGAUCAUACCCAAUUGAAUAACAUAUACCGCUAUAAAACAGAAGAAUACUCUCACACAGCUUUAAACAAGUUCAAUGUAAGCCCAGAGUCAAUUCCUGAUUGGCUGUUCGAGUUCAUGCCCUUAAAAGGUGGUUAUUUCGUAGGCAAUGUCAGCCCAGCUCGCAUGGACUUCAGGUGGUUCUUGCUUGGUAACUGCAUUGCUAUCUUAAGCAGUCUUGCUACACCAGAACAAGCAUCAGCCAUAAUGGACUUGAUUGAGGCGCGAUGGAAUGAGUUAGUUGGAGAGAUGCCCAUGAAAAUCUCUUAUCCGGCUCUAGAUGGCAAUGACUGGAACAUUGUCACAGGGUUUGAUUCCAAGAAUACUCAGUGGAGUUACCACAAUGGUGGAUCUUGGCCAGUUCUGCUGUGGUUGCUGGUAUCUGCAUGCAUCAAGACCGCGAGGCCUCAGAUGGCCAGAAAUGCCAUAGAAUUGGUGGAGAAACGUCUUUCUCGUGAUGGCUGGCCAGAGUACUAUGAUGGGAAGACAGGUCGCUAUAUCGGGAAGCAAGCAAGGAAGUUUCAGACAUGGAGCAUUGCUGGCUACCUGGUCGCAAAGAAGAUGAUAGAGAAUCCAGCCAAUCUUCUGCUUGUCUCACUUGAGGAAGACAAGACAAUUUCCAAGCCAAGGCUCACACGCUCUGCCUCGUGCAGUAGUCUUCCCUAGUUAAUCGGAGACAACACUGGUGCAACUAUACUCUAUCAAAUAGUACUUUUUAAGGCUGUAAAUAAGGAGAGCCUGUGAAGUAAAAGGUAAAAAGUCAAGUGUCAUUUUAUGACAGGAAUUUUACAUCUUAACAUUGGCUAAAUUUUGUUGCAUUUAGAGAUGGAUCUGAAAAUUGGUAUGGUGUUUGCAUUGGCUGCAACUCUGCAAGCUAGCUAUAUUAUACUAUGAUGGUCACAAGAUAUGCUCAUUCAGUCAUUUGUUGUCUUUUUAUUCUGGUUAAUGUCCGAAAGUUGGAAAAUGAAUGCUCCACAUCGUUGGAAGCUCUAGUUGAUGAUGUUAAGUGGUUUCCUAGUUUAAAAAGCAAUAUGUAGCCUGUGCGGGAGUUAUGCAAGCAUCUGUUAUGCUCUAUUCUGUUGAUCUGCUACUAUGCUUUCAGUUUAGUUGUUCUGCCUUUUCUGA